UGUCAACAAACCAUUGUGUAGAUAAAUGCAAUGCACCAUUUAAAUUACAUCUAAAGUGAUCACCUGAAAAUUUACUAUUGUGUUUAGACUUUUACCGCUUUGUUAAUAGUGAAUUAAGAGAAAAUGAAAAUUUGAAUUAAUUUUCAGUUUUCAUUGCCUAUUUUCUAAAGGAUUACAUAAAAAUAGUUUCAUGAUUUUGUGAAGAUAGCUUAAUAUAGAAAAGACAAGCAAAAUGAUGGGAAAAGUGUUAAAGAAAUCAAAGACAAUGUCACAGAUUGACUUGGACAAGCCAAUAAUUAAACCUCAUUAUUAUCCCAUUUCAAAAGCAGGAAUUUUAACAGAACGAAAUGAAGCCAAUAGAGCAAAAGUUGGAAUUGUUAAAAGGAAUACUAUUGCUAAUAUUAAUGAGGAAAAACUUCUGAAAAAGUUAAAGCAUGACACUAUUGUGGAGAGAAAUGAAUCUGAAAGUGUUAAUAGUAAAAAGGGAAAUGAAGUAAAACAAGUUAAAGAAGGAACAGAUAUUGGAAGUUUAAAAACAGACAGGAGUAAAGGGGAGAAGAAAAGUAAUAUUUCAAAAAGGGAAAAUACUGAAUUGAGUAUGAAAGAUAUGAAAAAGAAUGCUGGUGUUGUUAAUGAAGGCGAAGGAUCAUAUGAAUAUGACAACAGAUUUUUCAAGUAUGAAGGACAAUGGAAAAAUGGCAAAAAACAUGGUUCAGGAAAAUUAGUAUUUUUAGAUGGAAGUUAUUAUGAGGGAACUUUUCAAAAUGGUGAGAUUGAAGGGUUUGGCACACGAUACUUUGCAGCAACAGGUUGCAAGUACCAGGGCCAGUUUAAAAAAGGAGAACUUCAUGGCAAAGGUCGUAUGGUUUGGCCCGAUGGCUCCAUUUACGAGGGACAAUGGGAAAAAAAUCAACAGCAAGGAUUUGGAAUGAUGAAGUCAGCAAAAGAGAACUGUAUAUACAAGGGAACAUAUCGUAACAACAAGAGACAAGGUCGUGGAAUGAUGAUAUAUCCCUUAAGCAGCCUUAAGACGUUACGAAGUAAGGGAGAUAAGUAUGAAGGUGACUGGGAGAGUGACAUGAGACAUGGUGUUGGUGAUAUGAGAUAUGUGGAUGGAACUGUUUAUGAGGGCGAGUUUGAAGAUGACAAUUUUAAUGGUGAAGGUACUAUGAGGCAUUGCUCUGGCCUCGUGUACAAUGGCUGCUGGGUCAAUGGAAGUCCAACUGUUUUACCAACAAAACUAGUCAUUGUAAAUUCUACUGGGAAAGAACCGGUAGAAAUCAUACUCGGACAACCAUUUGAUAUCCAUGUGAAAUGUGUAACAGAGAGUGGAGAAGUUGUUGAAGUUGACAGUCGGAGAGAGUUACGCAUCACUGCAGGAUUUAAACAUAUCAAAGCAAAGAAAGGCACAGCAUUGUUUGAUCUAAUAGAGGAAUAUGAGGAGAAGCCAAUGACUACACCAUAUUACGAAGUGCUACAAUACCCACUGACAGAUUUUAUUAUAGAGGAGGAUGAACCUGAUGAAGAUGAGCCCGAGGAACUCAGGGAAGAGAAUGAAGAUGUCAUUGAUGAUGUAAAUAAAUUAGAAUUUAAUAUUUCUCGUAGACCAACCCUUGUCAGUAUGAAUAGUUCAUUAAGCUUGAUAAGUGCAACUGAAGAAAAUGGUGAGAAUGCUAUAACAGAACAGUUGGAGGAGGGCAAGGAAGAAACUGGUAAAGAAAGUGUCAUGUCAGAGACCGCACAGACAGAACAAAGAUUAGAAAGUGCCUUAGAGAGACAAACAAGUAUACCAGAAACACCCAUGUCUGGUCUUACAUCAGUUACUCCAGCUUCAAUGCUUGAAAGCUCAUUAUUAGAGAAAGAUUCACGCCCAUUACCACCACCUGUGUCCAAUAAACGCUCAGAAAAGGGUGAAUGUGAGUGGAAAAACAUUCAGCUUGCUCAAGCCCCUCCCAGGUUCCCGCCUUUUGUUGCUCUUGAUGAAGAGGAAAGGAAACUUAGGGCUCGUCAAAAUAAACAAGAUGUAACAAUAGGUUACAGGAAAAAAAGUGUUGCUGGCAUGUUGGAGGCAAAGAGGUUGAACCGUGUAUCACAUGAUGAGAGGUACGCGAGGAUCGGUGAAUAUGUUAUAAUGGUGCAUGAUGUUACAAACCCACCAUUCAUGGGCAAAACUUUAGAUCCAGCCUUUAUAUUAAUGAAAUUGAAAAAGCCUAAGAGGGAAAAGAAACCUAAAGAAGUGAAACCAAA